GCUUUCCAGCGGCUCACACAGACUACCGACUUCGACGAUGGCGAAAUCCAUGGGCUUCAACCCGGCCGCGGGCCUCUCGGGCCUCCUCAAGGACGGCCACAAGCACUUCGAGGGCGUCGAUGAGGCCGUCGCCAAGAACAUCGAGGCCGUCAAGCAGCUCGCCGACAUCUCGCGCACGUCGCUUGGGCCCAACGGCAUGCGCAAGCUCGUGAUCAACCACCUCGAGAAGAUCUUUGUCACGUCCGACACGGCUACGAUCGUGCAGGAGCUCGAAGUCGUGCACCCGGCGGCCAAGAUGGUGGUCAUGGCGGCCAAGAUGCAGCAGACGGAGCACGGCGACGCGACCAACUUGGUCGUUAGCAUUGCCGGCGAGCUCCUCAUGCAGGCCGCGCACCUCCUUCGCAUGGGUUUGCACGCCUCGGAGAUUGUCACGGGCUACAAGAAGGCGUACGAGAAGGCGCUUUCGAUCUUGGAGUCGCUCGAGGUCCACCGCAUCACAGACCUCCGCGACCAGGCGCAGCUCGAGACGAUCAUCCGCCCCGUCGUUGGUGCCAAGCAGUACGGCUACGAAGACCUCCUCGCGACGCUCAUUGCGGAUGCGUGCUUGAACGUCAUGCCCAACAAGCCCAAGGCGCCCAAGAUCAACGUCGAUAACAUCCGCGUGACCAAAAUCAUGGGCGGCAACGUGUUUGACUCCAAGGUUGUCAAGGGCAUGGUCAUCCAGCGCGACACGGAAGGCUCGGUCAAGAAGGUCGAGGCCGCCAAGAUUGCGGUCUUUGGCUGCGGCAUUGAGGUCUCGUCGACCGAAGCCAAGUCGACGGUGCUCAUCAAGUCGGCGGACGAGCUCAUGAACUACAACAAGGGCGAGGAAGAGCGCCUCGAUGAAGCCAUCCGCAGCAUUGCCGAGUCGGGCGCCAAGGUCGUCAUUGCCGGUGGCUCGAUCUCGGAGAUGGCGCUGCACUUUCUCGAAAAGUACAAGCUCCUCUCGAUCCGCAUCCAGAGCAAGUGGGAGCUGCGCCGCCUCUGCCGCGCGGUCAACGCGACGGCGCUCGUGCGCCUCGGCGCGCCGACGCCCGAAGAGAUGGGCUUUUGCGACUUUGUCGGCGUUCACGAAAUCGGCGGCAAGAAGAUCACGAUCUUCCGCCAGGACGAAGAGGACGCCAAGAUGUCGACGAUCAUCCUCCGCGCGUCGACCGACAACGUGCUGAACGACCUCGAGCGUGCGAUCGACGACGGUGUCAACACGGUCAAGGCCGCGUGCAAGGACACGCGGUUCGUCGCCGGCGGUGGCGCGACCGAAAUCGAGAUUGCGCGUCAGAUUGAAGCGUAUGGCAACACGACGCCGGGCCUCGACCAGUACGCGAUCAAGAAGUUUGCCGAGGCGCUGGAAAUUGUGCCCCGGACGCUGGCCGAGAACGCCGGUCAGAUGGCGACGCAGGUCAUCUCGAGCCUGUACGCGGCCCACGGCGCGGGCAAGGCCAACGCCGGCGUCGAUGUCGAGUGCGAGAGCGAGACGGGCGUCGUUGAAAACAUGCUGGGCGCCAAGGUCCUGGACCAUUUGGAGACGAAGAAGUCGGCGCUUCGUCUCGGCGCGGACGUGGCCAUCACGGUCCUCCGAGUAGACCAGAUUAUUAUGGCCAAGGCGGCUGGCGGUCCCAAGCCGCGUGGCAUGUAAGCCAGCAAUGGAUCUUCGUUUAGGGUUAGGACAACAAACAAAAACGCUAAGGCAGUAACAGGGCAACGCAGUACAUCUCGUC